AUGCAGCCUUCGCCUAUGAACAACGCUUUCGCCACCUGUCAAGUUUCGUCUACACCAGGAGCUCCACCAAGUAAUCCAAUAUCGUAUCAUGAUUAUGGAAACGUAUAUAGUACCAGAGAUCGUUAUUCACCACCAUAUUCAUCCGUUCCAGCUCAAAAUCUACUUCAGUGUCCGCAAUGCACUAGCGAAUUUGAAACCGAAAAUUCUCUACAACAGCAUCAAAUCGCCAAACAACAUUUAUUUGAAUGCUCAUUAUGUGAUGACAGCUUCUUCACAGUUGCAGCACUGUUUCAACAUCAAAAAAAUAAGCGACAUAGUCAAAGGGAAGUACGUUUGUGUGUGGACUGCAAUAGGGCGUUUCGUACACCGAUGAGUCUUGAACAACAUGAAAAUGCAACAGGUCAUGGUGCAGAACUUUCCUCUUCUUCUUCUGAAACUGAACGCUCUGAUACUAAGUCACUAGAAUUUUAUUGUUCCAAAUGCAACAUUGAGUUCAAAAGCGCUGCUUUUUAUGUUGCACAUAUGCUUGUUCAUGUUUUUGACUGA